AUGAGCAGGGGUAGAGACACUGUAGACAGUCAUCGACGUGUGCGUGAUAAGCAGGAUAGAGACACUCUAGACAGUCAUCGACGUGUGCGAGAUGAGCAGGGUAGAGACACUGUAGACAGUCAUCGACGUGAGCGGGACCAGCAGGGUAGAGACACUGUAGACAGUCAUCGACGUGAGGGGGACCAGCAGGGUAGAGACACUGUAGACAGUCAUCGACGUGUGCGAGAUGAGCAGGGUAGAGACACUGUAGACAGUCAUCGACGUGAGCGGGACCAGCAGGGUAGGGACACUGUAGACAGUCAUCGACGUGAGCGGGACCAGCAGGGUAGAGAGACUGUUGACAGUCUUCGACGUGAGCGGGACCAGCAGGGUAGAGACACUGUUGACCGUCUUCGACGUGAGUGGGAUCAGCAGGGUAAAGACACUGUAGACAGUCAUCGACGUGUGCGGGACCAGCAGGGUAGAGACACUGUUGACAGUCUUCGACGUGAGUGGGAUCAGCAGGGUAGAGACACUGUAGACAGUCAUCGACGUGUGCGAGAUGAGCAGGACAGUCAUCGACGUGAGCGAGAUGAGCAGGGUAGAGACACUGUAGACAGUCUUCGACGUGAGCGGGACCAGCAGGGUAGAGACACUGUUGACAGUCUUCGACGUGAGCGGGACCAGCAGGGUAGAGACACUGUAGACAGUCUUCGACGUGAGCGGGACCAGCAGGGUAGAGACACUGUAGACAGUCAUCGACGUGAGCGGGACCAGCAGGGUAGAGACACUGUUGACAGUCUUCGACGUGAGCGGGACCAGCAGGGUAGAGACACUGUUGACAGUCUUCGACGUGAGCGGGACCAGCAGGGUAGAGACACUGUAGACAGUCAUCGACGUGUGCGAGAUGAGCAGGGUAGAGACACUGUAGACAGUCUUCGACGUGUGCGGGACCAGCAGGGUAGAGACACUGUAGACAGUCUUCGACGUGUGCGAGAUCAGUAA